AUGGACUACCUAAGACGGAGUGCGAGAACAUCAAGGCUGCAACAUGUCACCAAUGAUAGCAUAAGAGAUCGGUUACAGGCCAAAGAAACAGUAAUGGACCGAAUCGAAAUCAGGAGUCUGAGAUGGUUUGGACACUUAAAGAGAAUGCCCGAAUAUCGGUGGCCUAGGAGGUUAUGGGUCCCACCAGGACGUAGGAAAAGAGGCAGACCAAGACGUUCUUGGAAUGAGGGAGUGUACCAAUCUAUGGAACAGAGGCAGUUGAACGUGGAACUGACACAGGAUCGCGAGGCUUGGAGAAGAGGACUGGGUAGACGGCACUAG